CCUGGGGGGCGACUGGGGCGUCGGGGGCCGUAAACGAGUGUUGAGCACCUUUUCCAUCCGCGUCACCCCGGGGGAUGUGGAAGCCAGUGACUGAUGCGGUGUGGCCUAACCCGUUAUCUUUGGUUCUGGAAUCAUUAAAUUUCGUGGGUCAUAUUUGGGAGGGGCUCGCGAACAGGGACGCUGUCGGCUGAUGCCUUUAUUGUGCACCUUGCCUAUCAUCUCCCCUGGCGUCCAUCAUUGGUGAAGCAUAGGAGACGACCCGUCGAGGAGAGUUGGACGGCGGCCCAGCGUCUUGGUCGAGCCGGUGUGUUUAAUACCAAAAUCAGAGUUCCGGUAUGCUGUCGUUUUCGGCAGAGUAAUAAAAGCAUUGCUUUUUAACAAGGCGGGUUAUGAAUACUUGUAUGUUGCAAAUGCAGUUUAUGUUGCUUUUUAGUCGUCAGGGAAAGCUUCGACUGCAGAAAUGGUAUGUCUCACUAUCAGACAGAGAGAAGAAAAAAAUCACAAGGGAAAUUGUUCAAACUGUUUUAGCACGUAAACCUAAAAUGUGCAGCUUUCUUGAGUGGCGAGAUCUGAAGAUUGUUUACAAAAGAUAUGCUAGCUUGUAUUUUUGCUGUGCUAUUGAGGAUCAGGAAAAUGAACUGAUUACUCUGGAAAUAAUUCAUCGUUAUGUGGAAUUACUUGACAAAUAUUUUGGCAGUGUGUGUGAACUUGAUAUCAUCUUUAAUUUUGAGAAGGCUUAUUUUAUUUUGGAUGAGUUUCUUUUAGGGGAAGUUCAGGAAACAUCCAAGAAAAAUGUCCUAAAAGCAAUUGAGCAGGCAGAUCUACUUCAGGAGGAUGCAAAAAAAGCUGAAACCCCACGUAGUGUUCUUGAAGAAAUUGGACUGACAUAACUCUUCUCCCUUGUUGAUGACUUCUUGUGGCAUUUCACACACUGUAGAUGGUCAUUGCUGUAAUUGUCAAAGUUACUUAAUAGUGUUAAAUGAUGUCUUGUCAGUGUUACUGUUUCAUAUGCCACUUCUUCAAAUCUACACAGAAACAUUUUUUGUGCUCCCCAGAGAGAACUUUGGUUAACUAAUAAAUAAGUUACUUUAAAUAUGAAUUACUCUGAUGGAGCACAGAAAAGAUACCUUUUAUGGAUAUUUUAGUUUGAAAGUCAGUUCUCUUAAAUGACACACCUAUAUAUAUAUUUUUAAAAGUUAGGUGAUAUGCAUUUAUUACAUUACUGUUUUUGGCAAAGGAAACUGAAAUUAUAAUGUGAAAGCUGGUACAAUAACUAAAAACCGAAGAAGCAUUUCAGUAUAUAUUGGUAGACAUGUUGCAAAUUAAAUUAAUGAAAUUUUAACUCUGCUAGGACUUAAAAAGUACAUAUAUAUAUAUAUAUAUAUGUAUAUAUAUAUAUAUAUAUUACACUCACAUAUGUAUACAUAUGAAAGACCUAUUGGAAGUUAUGUAUCUUACAACACAACCAAUUCCGCAUAAUUUAAGUGACUUUGUUAGAACAAUGUUAUUUUAUGCUAAAUUUAUCACUUCAGGAUUCUGAGCCUGGGGCAAGAUAGGCUGUUUCAUAACAGUACUUUUUUUCUUCCUUUCUAUGGCAAGGACAUAGGACUAUGAAAGGUUCUUUGUGGUUAUAUCAUUUGAUCACCUGUUUUGACAUUCCACGAAAAAGUAGAAUGGUUGUCAGGAAUUCUUCAUAACACUGUUUUGACAAAGCACAUUGUUCUUACCACAAAGUGUUACAGAAGUCAUUGUUUAAAGCAUGAAUGCUCCUUUGGGGGUGCUUGUUACAGUCAAAUUUAUUUUGCCUCCUAUUGCUUCCCUCCACACAGAAGUACUGCAUACUUUACGGCAGUAUCCUUCUGUGGCAUAUGACACUUUGCUAGUUAUCAAAAGGCUUAAAAAAAAAAACUUUCAAGUGAAAGAGUUGAAUGACCUAAAAUAGCAUCAGUAGUGCCUAUAUUUUUUAAAGUUCUAUAAUUGUUUCACUGUCAUUUUUAUAAAUACUUGUAUGUACGUAAACAUAUCUUCACAGUUUACACUUUGACUUGUAUAUGCUCUGGAGGUAUUUAAUCAUUCUUGUGAUUGUGCUGAUACUCAGUCUAUGUAGCAUUGUCUUGCCACAUUACCAAUUAGUUGUAAUGUUUAACAUUCACCAUUCUCUGUUUUUAUGUGUUUCCAAAAGUACUUAAGCUAGGGAGAGUUUGCUAAAGAAGAAUUUUAAUUUUUUCAGUAAAAUGUUAAAUACUCAUUUCCAUUUGAAUGUAGAGUUUGUUGUAAGCACACACAAGUAGGGAUUUAAGGCGUUUGUGUACACAUCAAGUUCAUUAAAAAAUGUGAAUUCUUUGCUACCAGAAGUGCGUCUAUGUAUUUAUUUUCAGUCAAUA